CUGCAGCCGAAACAUAGUUUAUUCUUCCCGCGUAACAUAUUUUACCCGAUCUCAACUUCUAGCCCGCGGCUUGUCCCAUACGAACGGUACAGCACUGACAAGCUCAGAGCUCAAGGACCACUGGUGCAUGCAACUGUCAAGCUCAUCGUGGUCGACAAUGGCGACACGUACCGACACGAGAAGCCGGGGUGGACCUAGUGGGCCUGUAUUGGGCGGCUCAAAGAACUUGAUUGCAGUGGACUUCGGGACAACCUUCUCUGCUGUGGCCUGGGCCAACACGAAUGAGCCACAGAACCAGCACCUCAUAACCGACUGGGGGAGAGGAUUGACUGGGCAGAAGGUACCCACCAUCUUGCAAUAUGCAAAUGAUGGGGUCAAGUGGGGCUGGGAGCUACAAGAUCUGGAGCCGGACACUAAAAUCCACGAGUGGUUCAAACUAGGACUCUGCCCUGAGGUCGAAGAUCAACGAGCCACUGAGUCCAGCCUUCUGCGAGAUUUCCCCAGCAAGACAGCUCUGCCUCCGGUCAGGGGAAAGAGGUGUAGGCAACUCGUGGUUGACUACCUGAAGAAAGUGAAGGAGGCCACGGAGAGGCACCUCAUCCCGUACAAUAACAACAAGUUCUACGAGCUCCCAAGGGAAUACAUCAUCACUGUGCCGGCCAUGUGGAGCGAGGAGGCACAAGACGCCACGAGGGCCUACGCCGCCGAAGCAUUUUUGGGCGACCCUAACAAGGUUGACGAAAUCCAGAUUAUCGCAGAACCGGAAGCAGCUGGCAUCUAUGCUCUCACCUCAAUGCCAAAGCUUGGAAUGAAGGAAGGGGACACGUUUGUCAUUUGCGACGCGGGCGGCGGGACUGUCGAUCUCUCGUCCUACCGCGUGACCAAUUGGGGCGAAUACAUUGACCUGGACCGAGUCUCGACUCCGUCUGGCGGAGUCUGUGGAUCCAGUCUGCUCAACAGGAUCUUCGAAGCGUACCUUGAGAAGAAGAUUGGUCUGAACUACGAGGCCUUGGAGGAAUGGCAACAACGCUGGUUCAAGUCCGCGGUUAACGAAAACUUCGAGAAGCGGAUUAAGCCUACCUUCACCGGCGAAGAUCGCAACUAUAACAUCGACGCUUUCGGAUUCGGGGAUAGCACAGAUUCUGGAAUCAGAAACAACAGACUCUCAAUUACUGCCGAGGAGUUGCGACGCGAGGUCUUUGAUAAGGUCAUUUCGAGGAUCACGGAUCUAGUGGUCCAGAAGGUGAAUGACACCGGAAACGUCAAGGAGGUACUUCUUGCCGGCGGUUUUGGCGAAAACGACUACUUAAAGAGUCGGAUCGAAAUCGCCGUGGGAGGCAGGAUCGGGGUUCGCAGAAUUGAAAACAGCCGGGUAGCAAUCGUUCAGGGGGCUCUAAUAGCCAGACUGACUGAGCGUGGACAGCUAGAACACCGGAGGCGACCUCCACGCCACCAGGACAAUGGAAGCACGCAGCCGGAUGAUGUAGACAAUGGGCGGAUCUAUCCACGGGUUGUCGGUAGACCAGCACCGAAGCAUUACGGUAUCUUGGUCAACGAGGAAUAUGAUGAUACCAAUACGAUUCACCGGAGAGGUUAUAAAAGAAGGAACAAAGGCUCCGACGGCCGGCCUGACACAAUCGACAGAUUUGAGUGGUUCGCCAAGAUGGGCGAGAAAUAUCCAGAUAAUCGGGCUGAGCCAUUCAGCUACUCCUUUGAAAAGGAGGCAUUACCAGGCGUACCACGCCCUAAAACGCUCAGCUGCGAGGUGUACUCUUCUGGUUCACCGGAACCACCUGAAUUCCCGGAGCAUCCUGGGUUCCGGAGUGUUUCUUCGGCCCAGCCGCUCCUAACUCUUGAGAUCGAUCUCGACCGCAUCCCCAAUUGGAGACCUACCCGCCGAGCGAAUAACCGAUCUUAUUGGUGCCUUGACUUUGAGGUGUAUAUGAUGCUACAUUCGGCAAAUCUCAGCUUCUACCUCGGUCUUGGGAAAGAGACUUAUGCGCCUAAGAGCGUCACAUACCGCUCGCAGAGCGCGCACCAGUCGUGAACUGCUUCAAGUGCUACUGGCGGGCAGCGCUC